UCGUCUAACAGGAAAUAGAAGAGGGACAGGCUUUCUUCCGCUAGCUAGGUAGCUACUGCUGGAAAGUAGCGACAAUUUUUUCAGGUAAUGUGAAUUAAGCAGUCUUUCUUUUUACCCUGCACUUAAACUGCAUAUUGAGAUUGUAGGGAGUCGUGUACAUUUGCGCAGGUUUCUGGUGUGUUUUUGUCGAUAUUUCUGAAACGAAAGGGGGAAGUUGUCUUUGUUUUGAUGUGUGUUGUCGAAAAGCAGGCUUCAAUGUUGUUCUUCAUCAAGGCCCGGACUGUUUGGAUGGAGGAUUUCCGGCGCUGUGCAGCUGUCAAAACGAACGCGAUUUAUAAAUUAAUCCUUAUUGUUUGUAUGAAAAUUCAAAGCAUGUCAUCAUACCAUCUUACAGUGUUUAAUGUCUUUAUUUCUUAAGGAUAUAUUCAUGAUGAGUUAUGCUGAGAAGCCGGAGGAUAUAACAAGGGAGGAGUGGAUGGAUAAACUCAACAAUGUCCACAUUCAGAGAGCGGAUAUGAACAGGCUCAUCAUGAACUACCUUGUGACAGGUGAGGAUCCUGCUCAUAAACGCUAUCUGCAUUUAAUGUGCAAGAUUUGAACUCAGUUUCUGUCCAACAGAGGGCUUCAAGGAGGCAGCAGAGAAGUUCAGGAUGGAGUCUGGGAUCGAGCCCAGUGUGGACCUGGAUUCUCUGGACGAAAGAAUCAAGAUCAGAGAGAUGAUUCUAAAGGGGCAGAUCCAAGAUGCUAUUGCACUGAUUAACAGUCUGCACCCAGAGCUGCUGGAUACAAACCGUUACCUCUACUUCCACCUACAGGUAAGAAAACAGAGCAUUAGACCUCCAUGACUAGAGAAAAACAUGCUGUGUGCUCUGUGCAAGCUAAAGUUAGAGUUAGCCAUCUGCUAUUAGCCUUGCUGCACUGUUAACCGUGCCAGUAAUGGUAGAAUAAAUGAAAGUACACAUAACAUGAUCAAGCUACUUCGAUUACUGAGGCAGCUUCACCGAUCGGCGGGGGUGGGAUUAAUCUGUAAUCAGAUUUUUUUCCACUUAUAAUUGGUAUAGGCGUCGGGCCCUAGUUUGUACAGCCGUACACAACGUGUAUCUCAUUUUGCUUUGACUUUAGUAUAAUUUUUAAUUUUUAUUUAUUUUUUGCUGUCUGACAAAUUCUGUUCUUUUCAAUAUCUCAUACACUCCACGACUGUUUCUCUUUGCAGCAGCAGCAUCUGAUUGAGCUGAUCCGCUUAAGGGAGACGGAAGCAGCCCUUGAAUUUGCUCAGUCCCAGUUAGCAGAGCAGGGAGAGGAGAGCCGAGAAUGUCUGACUGAGAUGGAGAGGACACUGGCCCUGCUGGCAUUCGACAACCCUGAGGAGUCACCUUUUGGAGAUCUGCUCAAUAUGAUGCAGAGACAAAAGGUGAGGUCAAUGGUUGUACUUUUUACAAAGCAGUUGAUGAUCACAUGCCAAACAAUGAAAGCUGCUCUGUUUUUCUUUGCGCCCUAAGGCCACUGUUUGGUCCAAAACCCUGACAUUUGCCGAGCAUUUUGAUAUUUCUUAAAUAAAUUACCCUACUGAAAAUCUCCACAAAUAAAAUCUCCUUCUUGAUAUUGACAGUGUACAAAGCAUUUAACAUGUCUUUCUGUUUGCCUUCCAGGUGUGGAGCGAGGUGAAUCAGUGUGUGCUAGACUAUGAAAACAGAGAGUCGACUCCCAAGCUGGCCAAGCUCCUGAAGCUGCUGCUGUGGGCCCAAAAUGAACUCGACCAAAAGAAAGUGAAGUACCCCAAAAUGACAGACCUCAGCAAGGGAACAAUCGAAGACCCCAAAUAAAGAUCACAUUGGAAACAUGCCACAUCAUCACAAAACGGACACAUUUCCUUUAUCUAUUUAUACCCCAACAAACAGACUUACAGAGAGUUCAACCUUUUCUUUUUGUAAGGGUUGCUUUUUGAUACUUACAUAAUGUAGAAUGUGAAGACUGGAUUGAUGGCAUUUUAAGAUGACUUCUCACACUAAAGUAACAUGCAGACCAUUAUUUUACUCUGUAUUAUUAUUUACAUAUUUGUUUAUGUAAAAUUAGUUCACUAGUUUUUCUGUCUAUUGGCAGGGAAAGUUGCUUGCAUAUGAGGAUGUGAAUUAAGCCUAAAUUAGGCUGUCACUUUUGAUGUGACCACUAAGAACAGGCAUACUUUGAUGUUUCAGGAAAAUUGUUGGCUCAGUGUGCACUGCCACAAGUAAACACAAACCGUUCUGUACAAAGAAACAUGAAUAUAUUUCAGCUCGUAGUUCAUUUAGCUUUAUGUGGUGGCAAUAGCCGAAGCGAGAUACUUGGGAUGUUUAAAACUACUGUGACAUUAAAAGUAAAAUUCUGCUUUAGAGUCAUAACGCAUAAUUGCUUGAGACAUUAUAGAAAACAUGCUGAAAUAGAGGAGAGCAAAAAAAUAAAGAUUUUUUUUUAAAUGGAGCUAUACAUUGCAGUAGCAGAUGACAAGUUGAACAAAACAAGAUUCAUAGACUGAUAAUAAUCGUUGGAGCGUACUGUGACAGUGCAAGCAUAGAGGCAGCCUCAAAUUCACACUGUUAUAUCACUGAUAAUACAAGAUGUGAAUGAAUACAUUACGUCUAUGUCAGCAGACAUGGAGAGACUUUUACAGAUGGAUUAUUUACAUGUAUGAAACAAGUAGCUCUUUUUGCAUAUUUGAUGUGCUUUUUUUGCUGGGAUGUUAUUUUGCAAUAAAAGUGAAUUUUUAAACCGGGCAAAUCUGA